AUGGCUCCUCGAGGAACGACGCGCGCUGCUGCCGCAAAGCCAGCGAAGCCCGAGCCUAAAGAAGUCACCGUCAAUGGCACUGGCGCUGGACGAGGUCGCGCGAAGAAGUCAGAGACGCCCGCUGUAAACGGCACGGUGGUACCGCCUGCGAAGAAGGCCGCGGCCGGUAAGUCGACCACGUCGCGAGUUCUCCGCUCAGGUGCUUACGCCUCUCGAGCCGCUCCCCGUGCUCGCACAAAGAAGGAGGAGACCCCCGCUCCCGCGCCGAAACAUGUCGAGAAGCGCAAGAAAGACGAAGAGAGCGAGCCCGAGCCCGAGCCAGAACACAAACCGAAGAAGGCAAAGACAAAGGCAGUGAAGGAACCGCCGAAACCUCAGCCCAAGGGCCCGCGACGUGUCCACGGCAAGAAGACCGAGAUUAACGCGAUUCGAUAUACCGUUCCUCUGAAGGUCUUUGUUUUCGGCGAAGGCAGCUCAGGCGAGCUCGGCCUCGGCGCGACGAACCGCGCUAUCGACGUGAAGCGGCCGCGCUUCAAUGAAGCGCUCACCAACAUGAGUGUCGUCAGGAUUGCGACGGGGGGCAUGCACGUCGUCGCGUUGACGAAGGACAACCAGAUUCUCACUUGGGGCGUCAACGACAACGGCGCUCUGGGACGCGACACAUCAGGCGCGGAUGUCUUGCGGGACAUAGAUGAUGACGACUCUGACUCAGAAGACGAGACGGGUGGUUUGAACGAGAAGGAGGCCACUCCGACCGCGAUUUCCAUGGAGCAUUUCCCGGAAGAUACAGUGUUUGUGGACAUUGCGGCCGGAGACAGUUGUUCCUUUGCGCUGACAACCGAGGGCGCUGUGUAUGGCUGGGGUACUUUCCGCAAAAACGAAGGUAUUCUUGGCUUUGAACGAACCCUCAAUACCGCGAAUACACCUGUUUACAUCGAGGGUGUGAAGAAAGUCACACAGAUCGCCUGCGGAACCAACCACGUUCUCACGCUUGAUAAGGACAAGCACGUCUAUGCCUGGGGCAACGGUCAGCAAAACCAAUUGGGCCGCCGCGUGACGGAGCGCAACCUCAUCGAAGCCCUUUUGCCCAAUCGCGUGGGCUUCCACGACAGUUCCGUUAAGCGACCGAGCCAGCGAAUCGUCAAGAUUGCCUGCGGUGAUUACCACGGUAUAGCUAUCGGCGAAGACGGCCAUAUCUGGACCUGGGGCGCCAACAACUAUUGCGAGACUGGACACCCCGAGAACGCUGGAGCAGAGGGCGCUACCGUCCUGACACCCCGCGUCGUCCAUAGCCUCGAGGGAAAGAACGUUAUAUCUGUCGAAGGAGGGUCGCAUCACAACAUUGCCAUCACCGCUAGCGGCGCAGUACUCGUUUGGGGUCGCUGUGACGGCUCCCAAACCGGAAUUCCUCCUGACCAGAUCGAAGCUAUUCACGACGAGACUAGGCUCCAGCGGAACCACGGCAAGCCUAAGAUUCUCAUAGUGCCAACUCCCGUCCCUGGCCUCAAGGACGUCGUUACUGGCGCUUGCGGGCCUGAACACACCAUUGUCAUCACUAAGGGCGGCAAGGCUUAUUCAUGGGGGUUCUCCGCCAACUACCAAACUGGACAAGGCACAGAGGACGACAUCGAAACCCCGACCCUAAUCGACAACACGGCUGUACGAGACACCAAGCUCACCUGGGCCGGUGCUGGUGGCCAAUAUUCGAUCCUCGCUAGUGAAAUCUAG